AUGGACUUAGAGAUAAGCCAAAUUAUGGAACAAUUAAGAAAGGCGCGAAGUACUGCCAAGGGAAAUGUCACCAGAAAAGCCAACAAGCUUAAUGAGUUAUUGACAGCGUGCGAUAAUGUUGACACAAUAAAGGAAAUUGCAAAUGAUUUAGACGAGGUUUCCAUACAAUUUCAAAGCGCACACGAAGCGUAUCAUAGCUUGCUUAAGGAAGAGCAAGACCUAAAUGAUUCAACUGUCUAUUUCAACUCAGUCGACGAAUUAGUCUCAGAACUCAAAACGAAAACUAAAUUGUGGCUCGAACAACCGGUCACCCAAUUUCAAGAAAAUCAAAUUCAACCACAUGAUUCAGUAAGCACUGUCGGAUCACAUAAAUCUUCACGUUUUAGCACACGGUCAAAAACUAGCUCGAUAAAGAGUACAUCUAGUGCAAAGGCAAAAGCGGCCGCAAAACAAGCUGCACUAGAAGCUAAGGCUAAUGCGCUCCAAAAACUGCACGAGCUUCAAUUCGAAGAGUUGAAGAUUCAACAAAGGAAAUCCCAAGUGGAACUUCAAGGUGCAAUAGCAGCAGCUGAAGCGCAAAAAAUAGUUUUCGAACAAUGCGAAGCAGAAGAAUUGCGUUUAUCUCAAGAAGAAAACAGACCUCUUUCUGUUCAUCCCCAUCAUAUCUCGACAACAUCAGUUGUUGACGUGGUUCCUGCUAACCAUCCGGCGCCACUGCAAUCACCCAGAGCACAAGCGAAGUACCAACCGAAAGAGACACCAGUAAAGCAACAAAGGCAACAGCUUAACCCUAGUGUACCUCAGUGGCUUCCAAAUCAGUCAUCUUUACCUCAUCAUCAUGACGGCUACCCACACGAUUAUCCACUUCAACGCCUAAUGGAGACUCAAGACCGUCAGAGUAGCAAAGUGUCAUGGCGCUGA